AUGGCUACGACUACCAAGCGCGCCGACUUUGAGGCGGUCUUUCCCACUCUGGCCAAGGAUAUUCUCGCUCAUGCGAAGAAGUAUAACCUCCCCGCCAAUGCGCUCGAGUGGUUCGAGAAGUCUCUCUUCGCCAACACCCCCGGUGGCAAACUCAACCGCGGACUGUCCGUGCCCGAUACGGGUCUCGCCCUCCUCCAGAAGCCCCUGACCGAUGAGCAAUUCCAACACCUGAGCAUCCUCGGCUGGCUCACGGAGCUGCUCCAGGCUUUCUUCCUGGUCAGCGAUGACAUGAUGGAUGGGUCUAUCACUCGCCGUGGUCAGCCUUGCUGGUACCGCCACGAGGGAGUCGGCAUGAUCGCCAUCAACGAUUCCUUCAUGCUGGAAUCGUCCAUCUACCUGGUCCUGAAAGAGCGCUUCCGCUCGCACCCUGCCUACAUCGACCUCGUCGAGCUCUUCCACGAGACCACCUGGCAAACCGAGCUGGGUCAGCUGUGUGAUCUGAUCACUGCGCCCGAGGACAAGGUCGAUUUGGACAACUUCUCCAUGGAGAAGUACAUGUUCAUUGUCACCUACAAGACCGCCUACUACAGCUUCUACCUGCCCGUUGCCCUGGCUCUGAUGUACCUGCAGCUUGCGACGCCGGAGAACCUCAAGCAGUCGCACGACAUCCUCAUUCCUCUGGGUCAAUACUUCCAGAUCCAGGAUGACUACCUGGACAACUUUGGUGACCCGUCUGUCAUUGGCAAGAUCGGCACGGAUAUCCAAGACAACAAGUGCUCAUGGUUGAUCAACCAGGCCAUUGCACGGGCCACCCCUGAGCAGCGUGCGGUGCUGGACUCGGCCUACGGUCGCAAGGACAAGGUGCAGGAGGCCAAGGUCAAGAAGAUCUUUGAGGAGAUGGAGCUGGAGAAGGCCUACAAGGAGUACGAGGAGAAGGUCGUUGGUGAGCUGCGGGCCAAGAUCGCUGCUGUGGACGAGCAAAGUGGUCUGAAGAAGGAGGUGUUUGAGUCCUUCCUUGGCAAGAUUUACAAGCGCACCAAAUAG